AUGAAGACUCUUGCAGCUCUCGGACUCGUCGCGGCUGUGGUUGCCACAGACCAUGGACCUUCGUAUGGCGGCACUGGACCUUACAAGUCGUACUACUUCGAGGUCGAAUCUCUCGCCAAUCACAGCUUCUACCAGCCAUUGCAGUCAUCCGUGGGCUCAGACCUCAAACUGCCUGUCAUCGUUUGGGGCAAUGGCGGUUGCAAACCUUGUAUGUUCGGGAAAAUCGGACUCACCUUCAGAGGUUUCCUGGGAGAGGUUGCGUCUCACGGCGCCCUGGCCAUCGCCACCGGACCAGCCUACGUCGACCCCGAGACUUACGUGCCGCCCGUGAACGAUCCCUCUGUCAAUGCAUCUGGACAGAAUCCCGCCUCCAUGACUGCUGCCAUCGACUGGGUCGUUGCCAACGCAGGCAAAGGCGACUGGAAGCACAUCGACGCCUCUCGCAUCGCAGUUUGGGGACAGAGCUGCGGAGGCCUCGAGUCUUACACCGCUGGACUGAACGACACUCGCGUCCAGCACAUCGGCAUUUUCAACAGCGGCCAGCUGAGCGAGGAUGCGAGCAAGACUGUCGCCGGCAACGUCACAAAGCCCAUUUUCUAUCUGCUUGGUGGACCGGACGAUGUUGCAUACCCGAACGGCGAGCGUGACUACACCCUCAUUCCCGCAGGAACACCUGCCUGGAAGGGAAACCAUGCGCUUGGCCACAGCGCUGCUUUCGAUGCCCCCAACGGCGGCAUUCCUGCCCAAGUCGGUGCUCAGAUCCUGGAAUGGAUGCUUCGUGGAAACGAGUCCGCCAAGUCGUUCUUCACCGGAGAUGCUCCCAAGGCGAUUGGAGUCAAUGACGUUGUGUUCAAGGACCUGAACAACGUCAAGGCCGACCCGAGGUUUGAAGGCACCGCCAUAACGCGAAUCUCACGAGAAAUCGGAAAACCAAUCAUUCUCGUCUCUCUUAAUUACAGACUAGGACCUUUCGGGUUCCUUAACGGCAAGGAGAUGGCUGAGCUCGGGCUUCUGAACAUAGGAAUGCUAGACCAGCGACUUGCAUUCAAAUGGAUCCAGGACAACAUCGCGUCAUUCGGCGGCGACCCCAAGAAAGUCACGUUGGCUGGAGAGUCCGCCGGUGCGGUCUCCAUCUACUCUCACAUGAUGGCGUACGGUGGAAGAGAUGAUGGCCUGUUUCGGGGUGCGAUUCUUGAAAGCGGCGGAGCGUUUCCGCUUACACCCCCGAAUACGACGGCGUUUCAGAGCACCUUCGAUUCUCUCAUUACCAACACGACUUGUUCUCCGUUGGUGAAUGGAAGUGCUGCGGAAAAACUUGACUGCAUCAGGAAGCUGCCUGUGGAAGUCUUCAGAGAGAAAGUGGGAUCGUCUACGGGACAAUCAGUCGAUGGAGACUUCACUCGCACAUCUAUCCAGCGGGCUCUCCCGGCUGGGAAAUACCUCAAGGUUCCGACCAUAGUCGGAACAAACACGGACGAGGGCACCACGUCAGCUCCAGCGGGGAUUAAUACGACUGAGCAACUAUUUGACCCAGUGGCCAAGGGAUACUUCCGACCACAGUCGCUACCAAAUGAUACAGUGUCGAAGCUCAUCAGCAUGUACCCUACUAAUCCGCGACUGGGGUGCCCAUAUAACACCGGUAUCACUAAAUUCUCCUCUGGAACCCUCGACAAAAUGGCGUGUUCCAUAUUCGGUGACAUCGUUCAGAUCGGACCAGCACGCAUGAUUGCACAAACUCUUGCGAAAGAUGGUAUUCCAGUGUACAGAUACCGGUUCAACCAUCUGCAGUACAAUACCUCUUCAGCCUCGAAGGGCAUCGGGACCGGUGUAGAACAGGGGUACGUGUUCUCGAACUUGAUCCCCGACCAGCCUUGGGAUCAAAACAUUGCGUAUCAGAUGUCGGCAGUAUGGAUCAACUUCGCCCAUGAUCUGGACCCCAAUAGUGGAUCUGCUGAACUGGGCCUGCCCACUUGGCCUCAAUACGGGAUGGAGGCCAACUCAAUCGUACUCAAUGGAUACGGAUCUUGGAUCGAGUCAGAUACAUACCGAUCAGAGGCCGUUCAGUUCAUAAUCGAUAAUGUCUUGCCAGAUGGUGCAUCUUAG